AUGGUUCGUCUCUUCAAACUUCAAAAGGUCCUUUCCUCCGCCAUAUCCGCGCUCUCAGACGUCAUAUCUUGUUUGUAUUCUUGGACACGAUUCUACUGGAUGGUAAGCCGUCUUCCGGGAUUACCGUUGACACACAGCUACAAGCAGUGGGAAGGUUUUCAAUCCAAAUAUAAUGCGCUAAAUACUCUGGUAAAGUGGAGAGAGAAGUACAAGACUUUCCAUAAAGUCUACAUCAGUUUCUUGCCCGUCAUAUUUGCCUACUCUCCAGAACUUAUUCAGGAAUUGUUGAGCAAAAAGCAGAAGCACAAUGAUAAAGGAAAAGUUUACCAUACUUUGCUCCCACUUCUUGGAGAUGGUCUUAUAACCAGCAAGGGUGAGAAAUGGUUUGCUCAUCGAAGAAUGCUUACCCCAGCAUUUCACUCCAACAUAUUGGAAAGCUUUUUCGAAACCUUCAAGUCAGAAACGAACACUUACAUCAACAGUUUGAAAGAUAGCGAGCUGACGAAGGGAUAUGGAGACAUUUGUCCUCACACCAGGCGGCUUACGCUCAAAUUUAUAUGCGAAACAGCAAUGGGGUUUUCUGAAUUAGCGGAUUGUAAGGAAGCGGAAGCUGUGAUCAAGUCAAUGCACAAAUUAGAGGAAAUAGCUACCUUGAGGGUCAUACAUCCUUGGCUACUUAGUGAUAGCAUAUUCAAGAUGUCAGCACUCUAUAAAGAACUAAAUGAAAACAAGAAAAUUCUUCAUAACUUCAGUAAUACUUUGAUCAAAAGAAGAAAAAGCAUACUAAAAAAACGACUACGAAAUCCGUACUUGGAAGUUCAUAAAAGAAAAGAGAUUUUCCUAGAUCAGCUCAUACUACAACAACUGCAAGGGAUAAAGAUAACUGACGAAGAUAUCAGAGACCAAGUCAACACGUUUAUGUUCGCAGGACACAAUACCACCCAGUUGGCAAUUAAUUACUGUAUUUACCUUUUUGGCAGGUACAAAGACGUUCAGGAGAUGGCUCACAAUGAACUUGAGGAGAUAUUCAACAAUUCCAAUCGAGAACCAACUCUGGAUGACCUUAGGAAUAUGGAGUACCUCGACCGAUGCAUCAAAGAAGCGCUGCGGCUGUACCCUAGUGUCCCCAUCAUAGCUAGGAAGCUAACGGAGGACCAACCUAUUGGAAAGCAUAUUCUACCCAAGGACACUGACUGCUUCAUUAUCCCAUACGUUACACACAGGAAUCCUGAACAAUUCCCAAAUCCUGAAGUUUUCGACCCUGAUAAUUUUCUACCAGAAAGAAUCAAUAACAGGCAUCCUUACAGUUACAUACCAUUCAGCGCAGGACCUAGAAACUGUAUAGGUAAAAGAUUUGCAAAUAUUGCAGAAAAAACUGUUCUCAGCUGGAUUUUAAGAGAAUUCAAGAUAGAGUCUAAAUUAAAGCAAGAAGAUUUGAAAUUGAUUCCUUCAACAGUCCUUAUACCAUCUGGAGGGCUACAGGUCAAGUUGACACCCAGAAAAUGCUAA